AUCUGAAUUGGAUCGAGCGCGAACCUGCAUAGGAGCGAAGCGACGAGAUUAGUGCCAUAACUCAGGUAUCGGGCCAGCUGUUCUCGGUCAUUGAUGAUUUGAUUCGACAGAUCAAGUCAGGCAUACCAUCCAUUGGCAACUGGUCAUUGCCAAAUUCUUUUUUUAUUUUGUGUCUUGCACUUUUGAUCCAUUCAUUCGACCUUGUCCUUCAUUUAAUCCACCAACAUGAGGCUCCUGUCCUUCGUCGUCAGCUCCCUGCUGGCAGUCGGCUCGCUUGCCGCCAAGAAGCCCGCCGCGGACCGAUUCGAGACUUUCCUGGCUCAAUCCCAAACUCAGAACCCAAUCAAGCUCGAUGAUUCCUCAUACAGGAAGCUUACUCGGGCUCCGAGGGACUACAGUAUCUCGAUCCUGCUGACGGCUAUGGACGCCCGCUACGGCUGCCAGCUGUGUCGCGAGUUCCAGCCCGAGUACGACUUGCUGGCCCGGAGCUGGCUGAAGGGUGACAAGAAAGGCGACUCUCGCCUUAUCUAUGCGGUUUUGGAUUUUACCGAUGGCAAGGAUACUUUCAUGAGUCUUGGUCUGCAAACUGCCCCGGUCCUGUACUUCUUCCCGGCUACCACCGGCCCGCACGCCGUGCCUAGCCCGGAGCCGAUCCGAUACGACUUUAACAAUGGUGCCUUGACCGCCGAGCAGGUACACGGCUGGAUGAGCCGCAAUCUCCCCGACCGUCCGCACCCGCCCGUCAAGCGGCCGAUCAACUGGAUGCGCUGGAUAACUGGUACCGUGUCAAUCCUCGGCGUCUCCACCGCUGCCUUCCUCGCCUGGCCCUACGUCGUGCCCAUCAUCACCAACCGCAACAUCUGGGCUGGCCUUACUUUGAUCUCCAUCUUGGUCUUUACCAGUGGUCACAUGUUCAACCACAUCCGCAAGGUGCCCUACGUUGCUGGUGAUGGCCGCGGUGGUGUUAGCUACUUCGCCGGCGGCUUCCAGAAUCAGUAUGGCUUGGAGACUCAGAUUAUCGCCGCUAUCUAUGGUAUUCUGGCUUUCGCGUCGAUCUCUCUCGCCGUCAAGGUUCCCCGGAUAGCCGAUGCCAAGACUCAGCAGGUGGCCGUGAUCGUCUGGGGUGGCGUCAUGCUGGCCAUGUACAGCUUCUUGCUCAGCACUUUCCGCAUCAAGAACGGUGGAUACCCAUUCUCUUUGCCGCCUUUCUUCUGAGCGGUUCAAGCUUUUAAUGCCGGGCCGCAAUUAAGACUCGGCGCGACAAGAACGCGCCCAGACAGUCGUACUCAAUUCAACCGCCUUAGCCAUGGAAAAAAAACCUUGAAACGAAACUAGACGACUAUUCGGUAGACAAAAAAAGAGACAAAAAUGCGUGG